AUGGCUGACACCGCAGAUCAACACAGUACUACUCCCACCAGGGGCGUGGAAGCGAUCCCAUCUUCUAUAAACAGAGAUCAACCUCUUCCUUCGGUCGAGUUUACGUUCUCCUGCAGCCCAUCGUCUCCCGAAUGCCUGACCCCGAAUUCGUCCGUCGACGGCUUCAACGCAGCUACCCCAGAAGGUCGCCGAUCCUCUACGACGCCAACCACGCGGUUGCUCUUUGAAGAUCUCCAUUUGAGCGAUAGCAUUUCUCCUGCAGCCCGACAGCCACCAAUCAAUCAGUCAAGCAUAGCUCACAACGAUUCUGGCCUAACACCUGCUCGCAGCGCUCAUCGUACAACCUACCGGGAUCUGCACAAUUCUACACCUAGCCCUAUAGGUCCCUCUCAUGUUCGACCGAGCCAACAACGGUCACCUACACCAACCUCACCCUCGGGAGAUGUCAGCUCUCAUUUCCGGAAUCUUAAUCUGGGAGACGCAGAUAGUUAUGUUUCUGAUUCUGACAGGAGCUCUACACUCGACAGUGAGGGAGAUGCAGCGGAAGAAGAAGAUGAGGAUGUCUACAACAUUCGUCAUGAGUCUCUUCCCCAGGAGCCCAUCUAUGAUAUUCGACUUCAGAAUGCGCUGCGAGAUGUCAGGAGUGAACUAACGAGUCUUACACAAAUAAUGAGCGGUAACGCCCUUGCCCACGACAAUACUAGUGACUUGUCCAAGCUUUAUGAGAAGACACGUGAAGCAAGUCGAUUCGCUUAUCCAGCGACACGCACGGUAGGCUUCAUCGGCGACUCGGGUGUUGGGAAGAGCAGUUUGAUAAAUUCACUUCUAGAUCAAGAGGGCUUGGCUCGGUCGAGCGGAGACGGUGCUGCCUGCACCACUGUCGUUACCGAAUUCCGGAGUGUAAAUGAUACCUAUCCAGAAAACUAUACUGUUGUUGCAGAUUUCAUGGACAAUGACGAGAUCCGUGAGCUCCUCGAGGAGCUUUUAUCUAGUGUUCGGAAAUACUACACGGAAGCCUUCCGUGAAGUGAGAACGUCGGAAGAGCAGGAGAAUAUCAAAGUUGCGGCCAAAAGAGCCUGGGACACUUUGAAAUCCCUCUUUCCUCAUGAGCGGGACCUGGACAUUGACUUCCUUGCCCAGGAAGGAGACGAGGCCGUCGCUACAAUUAUGAGCACCUUGCUGGAGUGGGCCAUGGCGGGCUUAGAUACCCGACCAGGAGGGCGUGAUAACCUACAGUAUACGGUUGUGUCUCACCAUGCGGAUCAAUGCAUGAAGCACCUUGAUAGACUGAUGGCCAACGAUGAUGAAAGCGAUAACCCUGCUUUGUGGCCGUUCGUGAAGUUGGUCAGGGUCUAUUUGCGCUCGCCCGUUCUACGCACGGGUUUAGUCUUGGCCGACCUCCCAGGAUUUCGCGACUUAAACUACGCUCGGGUACGAGCGACGGAAAGGUACCUACGGCACAGCUGCGACGAGGUGUUUAUUGUGAGUAAUAUUAUGCGAUGUACAACCGAUCAGUCCAUAAGGGAUAUCAUCCGUCGAUGUGCGCGAGAUCAACCUAUUCGCAUUGUGUGUACUCGCUGCGAGGACGUCAAUUCAGAAGAGACGGCACGUACCGCUCCUGCAGCAGAUGCUGCACGUAUCCGGAACAUGAACAACCAAAUCCGGCAGCUCGAUCGCAGAAUCGUGCAGACAGGUACUCGCAGACGAAAAGCGCACGGAAGUAAGAUGCAGAGUCUCGCUGCAGAGGAAAGUAACCUCAGGGAUCAGAAAGAAACGCUUGAGCUUCAGUUGAUGAACUUCCUCGUUAUUCGAAGAAAUACAUCUGUGACCAACUCUUUGUUGCAUGCCUGGGGCGAGAUGGCUCGCAUAUUCUGCGUGAGCAAUAAGCUCUACUCUGACCAUCGAGAGGACGAUCCACGACAGGCCAAUGGGUAUUUGGCACUCAGUGGUAUCCAAGAACUUCGACGGUACUGCCAAUCAGUACCGGCAGAUGCGCAGUUCCGAGCCACGGUAUCUUAUCUUCAACAUGAAGUACCAGCGCUGCUGGGUUCUAUCACACAAUGGGCCUUAGCAGGGACUAGCACCAUGACUAUGGCCCGGGCAGAAGUCUUGCGACGGGUCUUGACUGAAGCCGAAAGCAGUCUGAAAGGGAGCAUAACUCGUGAUGGCUCGCAGGUACACUCAUUACAGAGUAGCCUCAGGAGGCAAUUCUCCGAAGCCAUUACACAACAAAUUCGCCGAAGUCGACGUGAUUGGAGGGACGAUGCAGUCGAGGCGAGCUUAGAAUGGGCAACUUGGCACCACAUGACAUAUGCAGCGUUCUGUCGCAACUACGGAACGCAUGAAACAGCGAAACAACCGUAUCGUUGCUGGAACGAAGAGAUUCUCGGCUCGGGAAUUGACCAGCUAUCUCUGGCGUGGGAUUCCGUGCUCAACUGGCUUGAAGAAGAGGGUAGAGAGCUCGAAGACGAAAUCUCCAGGAUUUUUCAAGGGGUGCAUGAUUCUAUACACGGUAUGCCAAUUCACAAGCGUCCUUCAGGGUCAAAAGGGCUGGUGUUAUUGACUAUUGACUUGUCAGAGCAACGGGAUCUGGCCCCAGAAACCCUAGGGAACUUGCUUCUGAACCUCCGAAUGCGACGGACGUGUAUACUGGACGCUCUUCAAUGCUCCAUAGAACGCCUCAUUGAUGACACUGAGUAUUGUGCACAAAUUUGUAUGCUACUAUGA